CGGCUAAACCUGUAGUGACGUUUGUUUGUGUAAGGCAAAAACAAUGAGCACACAAACACACGGUUCACUGUUAUUGUAUUGUCAGGAGCACCGACGUGAAGACUGACCAGCUGAAGUCGACUGUACGGCAACAGAAUUUGGUUUUAGUUGAAAGAAGGGAAAGGAGCGCGAAGGAACUGAACACCGCGAAUUGACGCAGCGAGUGUGGGGAUAGAAAACAAACCUUGUCACCCUGUGUGACCACACUUGAUGGCUGAAUCACCCCCACCGCAGUCUACCUAUUUUAAUUUCACACGCGUUUAACUGUCGCUAUUUACCAGAAUUUCUCCGUGGUUACAUUUAAGAAUUACGUCACAAUCUAGUGAGCGAGCUUGCUAAUUUAGCUUUAGCCACAAGUUACACUGUGGCUAGCUUACAUGAUGUAGCCAAGGUUGAAGGGUCUUCGUUCGCUUAGAUGGUGAUUUACUACAAAUCAAGCGGUCCCUCAGUAGUAAGUGAGCGGAGAAUGUGAAGCACAAUGGCAAACUUGGAAGCUUACAGGGAGUACCAAAGGAUUGAGGACCUGGAGGAGGACUCUCCACCCGGGGAGGAGGACUUGCUACUACACGUGCCCGAAGGCCUGAAAGAUUCAUGGCACCACAUCAAGAACUUGGAUAACUUCUUCACAAGGAUCUACCAUUUCCAUCAAAAGAAUGGAUUCGCCUGCAUGCUGCUGUCGGAGUUCUUUGAGCUUGUUCAGUUUCUGUUCGUUGUCACGUUCACAACGUUCCUGGUCAACUGCGUGGAGUACGACGUCCUGUUUGCCAAUCGAGCUGUCAAUCAUACGGGACCGGGACACAAUCCCUUGGACAAGAGCAAAGUCACUAUCUCUGAUGCCCUCUUGCCCAGCCAGCAGUGUACUGAGAGGAUCCAAGGUAACAGCUGGAUCAUAUUCCUGCUCAUCAUGGCAGCUGUCUUCUGGCUCUAUCGCCUCAUCAAGGUCUUCUGCAAUGUCCUAAGCUACUGGGAGAUCCGCCAGUUCUACAUCAAAGCGCUGAAGAUCCGAAUGGAUGAAUUAUGCAACUUCACAUGGCAGGAAGUACAGGACCGUCUCAUCAGCCUGCAGCGAGAGCAGCAAAUGUGCAUACACAAGAAAGAGCUCACAGAACUCGACAUCUACCACCGCAUUCUGCGGUUCAAGAACUACAUGGUCGCCAUGAUCAACAAAUCUCUGCUUCCCGUGCAGCUGCAGCUCCCCCUGCUGGGCAAUGUGGUCUUCCUUACUCAGGGUUUGAAGUACAACUUUGAGCUCAUCCUCUUCUGGGGACCUGGUUCUCUGUUCCAGAACAAGUGGAACCUGCACCCCAAGUACAAGCGCAGUAGUAAUCGCCUAGAACUGGCACAGCAGCUCAGCAGAGUGAUUCUGCUGAUGGGUGUGGCCAACCUGCUGCUGUGUCCUUUUAUUUUGGUGUGGCAGGUCCUCUACGCCUUCUUCAGCUAUACUGAAAUCAUUCGGCGCGAGCCCGGGAGUCUGGGUGCACGCCGAUGGUCCCUCUACGGCAGAUUAUACUUGCGCCACUUCAACGAGCUUAACCAUGAGCUGCAAGGACGCUUAGGCCGAGGCUACAAGCCCACAUCUAAAUACAUGAACUCCUUCAUGUCACCACUGCUCACUGUGCUCGCUAAAAACAUUGCCUUCUUCUCCGGCUCUGUGUUGGCUGUGCUCAUCGCACUGACAGUCUAUGAUGAAGAUGUCCUGACAGUGCAGCACAUUCUGACUGCUAUCACUGUGCUGGGGGUGGUCAUCACGAUCACCAGGUCCUUCAUCCCAGAUGAGCAUAUGGUGUGGUGCCCAGAGCAGCUGCUGCAAUGCAUGCUGGCACACAUCCACUACAUGCCAGACCACUGGAGGGGCAACGCUAACAAGAGCGAAACCCGUGAUGAGGUGGCGCAGCUGUUCCAGUACAAAGCGGUGUUCAUCCUAGAGGAGUUGCUGAGUCCCAUUGUCACCCCCUUCAUUCUCAUCUUCCUGCUGAGGAACAAGGCUCUGGAGAUCAUUGACUUCUUCAGGAACUUCACGGUGGAAGUGGUUGGCGUGGGAGACAUCUGUUCUUUUGCACAGAUGGACAUCAGACGCCACGGAAACCCAACUUGGAUGUCUGAGGGCCAGACGGAGGCAUCCGUGUACCAACAAGCUGAAAACGGCAAGACCGAGUUGUCUCUCAUGCACUUCACCAUUAAGAACCCACACUGGCAGCCACCUCUGGAGAGCUCUGUAUUUAUCAGUCAUCUCAAGGAGAAGGUGCAACAUGAUGCACAAGGUGGUCCGUCCACGCAGCUUCUCCUUUCUGAGGCUCCUCUCUGUACAUCACUGCACUCGAAUGAGUCUGGAACAGGGCCUGAUAAUCUGUUAGCAAGCGUCCUGGCGCACCCCGUCCUAACAGCGUCAGGACUUCAAGGCAGAGAUCAUCGCUUUAUUCCGCCAAGCACUGCAGCGUCAGCUGCCGCCAGCGUCUUAGCCUCUUUGUCUACGUCCCAGCUUGUACAUGGCAACCAUCGUGGCCGCCUGCAGCGCCAUCAAACCUCCUCUGCGCACCCAGAGAGCACCAUGUACCGCAGUGAUUGCACCAUUUUCGACAGUAUGUCGACCAGUGACAGUCGUUUACGGAGCAAUACCCUACAUUCAGAGUUUGCCUCUGCAGAGAUGAGCCUUCAUGCCAUCUACAUGCACGAGCUCCACCAGCAGACCUGUCAUCCGCAGAGAAGCUCAAGGCAUUGGCAGCAAAACGAAAUGCCAAUGACGCCACUGCAGAGCAACACUGCUUUCCCGAGCCACCUUUCCUCUACAUCAUCUUUAGCCACCCCGGUGCAACUUGGUGGGUGGCAUGAAGAAGAGGAGGAGGAUGAAGGUGAACAGGAGAUUAACAGUGGUUCUACUCCAAAACAAGCAACUGGGAGGAGUCAAUGAAGUGCCUUACGACAUAAGUGUUUACAUUUUACUUUUCUCCAGUGAACAAUGGUGGCCUUAGAGGAUCUUCAUGGAGAAUUAUAGCACGGACCUUUAAAUGCAUCCUUUCGACAUGCAGUGUCAUGAGAGUCUCUCACAAACAUGAAGUAACCACUAUCAUCAUGUUCGUCUGCACACCUCAUCUGGCAGACAUCAGAGAAGCAUUUUUAUACACAUGGUUUUUGUCAUUGUGUAUUCAUAAAACCACUGAUGGAAACUGCAAAGGCUCAUGCUGACCUCUGCUUGCAAGCACUGCACAUUACAGCAACAGUGCAUUACUGCUUCCUGAACAGCUGUCAUUAUCAAAACCGAUUUGUGAUGAUGGAAUACAUCUUACACUUGAAAAGUGCACAUUGUUACACCUAACCCGGCUAUACAACUUCAGAGCUCGACUAUAGAAGGCACACUAGACUACCACAGUAGAAGAGCAUGUGGUAAAAGCCCACUUGCAUGUCUUUCGAUAGAACAUUUUGACGCUGCUGCCUGUGUUUACGUCACAGAAUUGGUUCAGUAUUAUAGUCUUUCAAGCUUUUUAAAAAAAGGACAGGAAUACAGAUUUCCAUUAUAGGAAGAAGAUGUUUUUACAUCCCUUAAAGACAAUUACGUGGGGCAUUUAUCCAGCUUUUUUAGCCCUAAUCCAAGAAAUUAUCAGGAAAAUAUUUUGAACACAUACUUUGCUUUUUUAAAUAUCUUGGUUGUACAUGUUUGUUUGUUUUUAGGGAUGCAAUUAGGGUGCAACAUUUCUGGUACAAUAUCUGGGAACUUUUCACGGAAAGUGUGGAAAUCAACUUUAGUGAGAAUAUUUUAUUUAGAACUUUAGUCAAGUGUGUUCCAUGGAACAGAUUUUCACAUUUUUAGCAAAUGUUUGCUAUAAAAAAAAGUGUGUAAAAUCUGUCGCUGUUGUGCUAAACAGCAGUCUUGUUAUGUGUUGAAACAAAUACAAAAUUCCAUUACAAGAGCGUGUAAAAAAAAAAAAAAAAGAAGCCGCUCAUGCAUAAUUUUAUUAGCUUUAUAUGUAUUUAUUUCUUCUUGCCCUCUGAUAUUUAAUAGAUAGGUGAAUGUUAUUUAUUUAAAAUAACUUAAUUAUUGAUUGGCAAUCAAUGGCAGGUGCCCACAUAUGUCAACAAAUAACGUGAAAUCUUGUUAGAAUAGUAAAACAAGCCCAUACUAAAUACAGACACCUAUAAAAUACCCAGGUUGAUAGAAGUAGAGACGAUAGAGACUAUAUAUUGCUUUUAUUUUAUUUCUAUUUUCAAAUCAUAAUCAACUGUCAUUGUUAAUACUUCAACAAAACAUCUCGGCCUCUUUAUGUAUCUGUGGAUGGACAAAUGCUUAACAAUGCUAAAAUCUCAGUAUUUUGCACUGAUACAUAUAAAUGUAUAAUAAGCACAGUUUUACUUGUACAUAAUAUACAGCACCACUACCACCUCUACAUGUUUGUAUAUGUACAAAGAUAUAUCACCUUUUGUAUCAUCAGGUGAGGUUGUCUCACAUGCUCUUUGUGGUCACCAUCUUACUAGUUCAAGAAACACUGGAGCUUGUUGUGUGUUUUAUACAGACAGUUGCACCUCACUGCUUGUGUUCACUUUUAUUUGAAGCAGUGCCUUAGUGUUAAUGACUCGUAUAGGAUUUAUUUACGGUAAAAAAAAUAUGCCAUACUCAUGUCACUGUGUGUGUAUACAACAGUCAAAUACAACAGUCAAAAUGGCUGUUAAAAUGCAUUUAUUAUGCAUAUUAUUAUUUAUGCAGUUUGACUUUGCACUGAUUUCUAUCAUUAUCAAUGUAUAACUUCAUGGCCACCACACACACACACACACAUACACACACACAGUGGCUGGGACAAGGUGCUAUGUUUUCAUGCUGAAAUACUACAAUAGGUUUUACAACUUCUAAAUACUAAACACUAGUGGACAAAUGCAACUUUUUGGCACAAAAACAUGUUUUCUGUGUCGUGAGAUUCAUUUUAUGUGUUUAAUCAUUUUCUGUGUGCGUGCGUGUGUUAUGGAUUAUGGAAUGUUUAUUUGAAAUAAAACAUACUUUGGCGAUUGCAUGUGUGAGUUUGACACUGAAGUCAUUUAAUUACUAAUAUUAUUGCCAGGUUAUGUUCUUAAAUGUCAUUUUUUGCCCUUUUAAUAACAAGUUAAAAUCAUGUAAUUACUUUUCCCUCCAACUUGGCAACCCAUGGUCUAUCGUACAACUCUUUAUCUGUUAUCAUUGGUUAUUAUUAAAGUAAAAAAUAGAUUAAACCCACAUGUAAUAUCAAUAAUAUAUAUAUUAUUAAAUUGUUUCAUAUUUGUGUCCUAUUGAUGUAUUGUUAGCAUGUAUUUUUUUUUUUACUUUUCUGACCAUUCUAAUAGUACAUUUGUUAUUAUUAUUAAUUAUUAUUAGAAUUUAUACAGUUAUCUCAAAAUAAAUGUAACAUAAGACUG